AUGUCGGUGGCACAUAUCUCCCGCAUUAUGCACGACUUCCUGCACCGGGGAGUGGAGCGGAACGACGAAGAACUGCUGCAAUUAGGGGAAAAAGAAGAAUUUUACGUUGCGCACAGUAAUACGUACGCUGUGAACUUGCUCGCAUUCGCUCUCGGCUACAUUCAGUGCGAUCUUACCGACUUACGCCAGUUUGACCAACCUGAUCUUUUGGCCGAUCAGAAGUUGCGCAAAUCGCUCACUGCCAUUGUUAACCGUAUGCCAUCGGCCGAGUUUCAACUGAUCCCACUGGUGCUGCUGUGUAAUGAUCGUAUCGAGGUAUCGUUUUUCCUACGCGUACGAAAAGCUUCACUAUCAACGGAAUGCGUUUAUCUCGACCUAACCAAUCGGAAGUAUGAUGGUUUCGAACAGUUUCUCACCAAUAACAAGUUGCCAUCUUGCACACUUUGGUAUCCGAAGGACGGUCUCUUGCGGUAUGUGAACAUGGCAUCGGACCGCCCAAUGCUGGAGAUCGCUAGUCGUAACAUAACGUGCAACACUAAGGUGUGGGAAGGGAUUACGGUUGUUGGCAGUGUGGUUGCAACGCUACUGGCUUUUACGCCUCUGAGUGCCACAAUAACGGUUCCGCUGAUGUUUGCCACCAGUGCUGCUAGCAGUGGAAUUACGGUCACCGAACUCUUGGACAGUUGCAAGCAUGAAAAGGGUACCGUCAUUGCUAAACGCGCUGUCGCCCUGGCCUUAAAUCUGACCACGUUUGCCAGCACCGGGCUGACGGUGGUAUGCCGUACGGAAAAGUUGCGCCGAAUGUUACCAGCGCAAAAGCUGCUGCAGCUCGAACGGGCCGAACAGUUUCUCGCAGGAACAAUGCGGACUGUUACUGCAGGAAGUGUCAUCGUUGCGGUAAUCGGAACGGUUAAUGGCUGGCAAUCGCUAUCCACCGCAGAGUGGAUCGAACUGGCUGCUCUACUCUGUUUCGCUUACCGCAAAUAUUUCGACCAAGAGAACGCGCUGCAAUUGUUACAUAAGCUGCAGUACGCAGGUGUUUUCAAGUUUUUCAAAAAACUAUGUCCAAACGUACCGCUCGACACACUUCGUUUGCGAUUGGAAGGCACAGCGUUCGAUGGUUUUCUGAAGCUGGUAAUGGAUUAUCUGAAAGAUAAUGUAAACUUCACUGUGGAUGACAGUUUCAUCACAAUUCGCCUAUUUGGGUAUGAACUGGAGUUUGAUAUGCUGUUCAAGAUUGACUGGCAGAUUCUGAAAUCGCUACUGCUGUUCCUGCAAACUACCAAAUCCAAACUCACCAACGUGACCGGUAAAGCAAAAUCAUGGACGCAGGUUGAAUUAAAUGAUGCAGUUACACUUUUUCAGACGGUAAGCGAAAUACCUAAAUAUAUCUGCACGGUGAACGACUUCAUAACGCUCGGACAUGGGCAUCGAUUCAACAUGGCCACCGUGUCCACUUUCCUUACCGCCAAGCAUCUCGAGCGAGUUAGUCUGCUACGCCAGCUUGCAUCAAUGACAUCGAAGCAAGCGGAAGCGCUAAAUAAAUUGCGCGAAUCAGGCCGCAUCAGCGGUGGUGAUCGCGAGCUGUUCAAAUGGCUUGCCAACCACAAGCCCCCCAGCUACGGUACCGCGUUGCUUGCGCUGAUAUCGGUAACAGAAACCCAGCGAGCGAUGCCGGCUGAGCAUUCCAACCCGAUUCAAUUCGCCCACCAGCGGAUCAUCGUUAGUUCGCUGCUUAGUUUUUAUGCGGCAGAUUUCCUCAAUUUACCCGAGGGGGCGCGCCCCAUUUUGCUCGGAGACGAACGUUUUCUGAGCCUUUGCUACAAUGCGAACCAGCAGCUGCUUCCCAGAGCGAACAAUACCUGGAUGCGCACCUGCUGCAGUGAAGUUGCCAUCCAGCAUUUAGAAACUGUUGGACUGCUACAGCAGCUGUUCGAACGCGUUAGUACAACGUCCGCCGGAUCACCAACGCCAGCUAGCGCUCUAGAUUAUGCCCUCGAUUUCGAGAACACGACCGUUCCGCAGGUGUACUAUAGUAUCGUUAGCGCGUGGAAACAUUUUACCGUCCCGCUGGACAAACGAACGUUGCAGACUCGAUUUCUGCUGUUGUUGAAAGAUGUACAGUCGCUCGGCAUGGCGCAGUACUACAAUUUCCCUAUGCCGGAAGACGAACAGUUCGCUACGAACGAUGAGAAAGUUAUCGAAUUCACACGUGCCGCACUGCUGAAACGAGCCGACUUGCAGCACACGCCGUGUUUGAUUCCGUUCGGACCGGUUGAACGAGCCGCCUGCUGGUUGGGGUUACUUCCUGCUCUGCGCAGUGAAGCCAACCGCCAAUUCCUGCUCCAAACGCUUACCUCAUUGGUUUCCAAUGGCACAGGCACCGUGUUGCGUUUGAAUGAUCCGUGCAAGCGAAUGGUGAUGUUUGCUACCGUGAAGGACAAGGUGAUAGUUGAACUGCUAAUCCCAUCCGCUGGACGCACGGAUUUACGCGUAUCGUUCUAUAUGUGUGGAAACAGUAUCUGCACUAUCGGUGCUGAACUAUAG